UCAUAUACCUGAUUUUCUACUUUAAAUAAGAAAAUAAGACCUAUGAGGGAGGUAGAGAGAGAGAGAGUAACCGACAGAGGAAACCAAAUGAGAAAGGUUUUUUAUAUAAAAAUAAACUUCUUCUUCGCGUCGUCGCCGAGUGAAUAUGACUGACGUUUGCAUGAUGACGUGAUGCAGCAGCCAGCAGUAGGGGCCUUGACAUUCCUGUUGUUAUUGCCAGAUGGUUCCCAACAGCUGCACCAGCAACAGCCGGCUUGUUGUGCCCUAAUUAAAGCGGGUAUAUCUUAAAGAAGAGCUUCUGGGCCACGCCCCCCCUCACAGGCGUAGGUAUACAUUACCUACUAUACUAGUAAGUCACCAGGUGGUCGAGAUGUGUCAGUACUACUAGUAGCCCUACUUCAGAUCCCUUAUUUUUUACCUCCUGUUUGGGCUUUUUUGUUAAGGUGACGAAUUUUAGAGCAAGGGUUAGGCUAUUCAAAUUGCAUUCCAAUUCCAACCUGAUGACUCGGUAGGCUUGGCCAGUAGCCCUUUAGCAAGAGUUAAUGGGUGAUUAAGAAAUGUUAUGGCUGGCUUAAUAACCGUUUGAGCUAGAUGAACAAUAACUAGACUAGAUAGUCAGAAACUGGAGGAAGCCAUAGGAUUACUAGUAUAGCCUACAUGAUUUACAUAAGCUAACAGUAGCCUACACCCAGACAUAAAAGCAUCCCUACCGUAGCCUUGCUGUAGCCAACUGGGGGAAGAUGGAAGCGGAUGAAAGCAGACCGAGAGAGCUUCACGCAGCUUAUCUGUGUGUUAAAUCAACCGUGGCAGAAGACCUCGACAGUGCAGAUGAGCUGCGGAAAGCACUGCAAUAUGCCGGUCUCAAUCCAACGGCAUCUUUCAUCGAAAAACACUGGACAGAGGGAGAGACCGAGAGCGUCACUUACGAAGCUUACUGCAACAUUGCAGAGCAGAUGCCGGAAAUUAUUAUCGAUGACGUCGACACAUUAUUCAUGAAGGUGUUUGGGGCCGUCGACGGGAAGGUAGGCGAGAAUGAGUUCCGCGACAUGGUCGUACGAGGAAACCACAAGAGAGAUAUGAGUGAGUCGGAUCUGGACUACAUCCUCCAAGAGGCUGGUGUUAUUGAAAAUGGUAUGGUGGACUGCAGCAAAUUAAGCAAGGUAAUUAUCCAUACCAUUAAUGAAAUGAAACAAUUGAGUCUGCAAAAAUUAGAGGAGCGAUCGAAUUACCAGCGCAUUAACUCGAAAACUUUCACUCGCAAGAAGAGAGGGAAGUUUGCAAAUGCUGAGGCAAGUGGGGCAACACAGCAUCGAUCAUUACUGAAUUUGGAUGGCUGGAAUCAAGCUAGCUUGAAAGGUUGUUUUUAUUUAGACAAACAAAAUGUUCUUGCACACCAGUAUUCUAUGGAGAUCUCUUGUAUGGGUCCAACCGUUGUGAAAAUGACCCCACAGCUUGUGAAAAAAUAUGAAAAACAAGGUCCAGUAGACACACUGGCUUAUAUUUUUCGUGAGUCUCCCGAAGGGAUGAGAAAUUACAUUGGUUUCACUGAUCACAGAGAUGUAGAUGGCACAUACUAUUGGCAAGACACCUUGAAAGAGGGCCGCUAUGUUGUCAUUCCAUACACUAGUGGCUGUAGGCUGAGAGAAAGAGAACAUGAACCUGAGGGUGUUAUUGAUUUGGUGGAGAAUAAAGGCAAAAUCCAGUUGACUCAAGAACUACGCUUAAUACUGGAAGAAGUUUUCCAGCAAGUGGAUUUGGAUGGUAAUGGCCGCCUUAAUCGACAGGAAUUCAACCUUUAUAACUGGCGUACGUCUGGUGAAGAAGUUCAGGAUGAUGAAUGGGACGUUCUCCAGAAUAACUUUGAUGUUGAUGAUGGAGAACUGACAUUUAAUGGAUUUAUGGCUCUCCAUCAACUUGAAGCUGAGGACAACAAUGGGGACUCGGAUGACUUGUGGGUUUCGCUCGAAGCCAUGGGUUACAAUCGUCAAGGACAGCAAGACCAGGCAGCUCCAUUUAUUGUUAGUGUUUACAGUCAGGUGUGUCAGCCUUCUAUUAUGGUUUCGGGCUUGAAAAGUGGUGGUCUUUUACUGGAUAAAGCAGUUGUGAGAUCAAUCAUGGAGAAUUCAGAACCUAUGAAAAUCAAGAAUAUGUUAGACCUGAUAAAGUACGAAUAUAUCGGCGAUCACCGUGCCGGCGUUGUCAUUCAGAACAAGGCCCACAGUAAAGUGACUGUUAGAGUUGAUUGUAGCAGAAGUGUCAAUGUAGCGACAAAUCGCCCAGGCUUAGAUUGGACUGUCGAAGUAGCUGGCAAGUCUGCAAUAAUAGUGCAUCAGCUGAUGCCACAAAGGCCAGAAGAGGAGUGGAAUGUGGUAUGUGAGGUGAUUGGCAAGAAUGAUCUUGCUGAGGAGGAGGAGUAAUCCAUAACCAUACACACCUGCCGUUUCCAAAGAGGGAGGCAUCCACCAUGGAAAGGAAGAAUGUGUUUGUUACAGUGGGCACAACGCAUUUUGAUGCCCUCAUCAAAGCUGUAGUAGACGACGAAACACUAGAAAAAUUACG